GUUGUAUUUACAUUCGAAGCCAAUUCGCUAAUGAUGUUAAAUGCAUUCUGCUAACUGCAAAAUCCAGGGUUGCUCCGCUGAAGACUAAGUCUCUUCCUCGUUUAGAGCUCCUGGCAGCGCAUCUUUUGGCCAAGUUAUGGUCACGCAUUGCGCCAAUGUUGAAUCGACCUAUUGACAGCAUAACAUUCUGGACAGACUCCGAAAUAGUUUUGCAUUGGAUAAAAACACAUCCAUCAACGUUGCAAACUUUCGUUGCAAAUAGAGUGUCCGAGAUUCAAGAGUUGACUCAAAGUGCUUCGUGGCGGCAUGUGCCAACUAAACAAAAUCCUGCGGAUCAAGUGUCUCGGGGUUGUAGCGUGGAUGAAAUACAGAACUCAAUAUGGUUUUCUGGCCCACAGUUCCUCUUAGAAGACCCCGCAAGUUGGCCAAUAAAUACCCAUUUCGAAUUAACGCCUGAAGAACAAGCACUGGAAAAGAAGAAAAACGCCAGCGCCUUAAUAGCAGUGAGUGACAACCGUAAUCCACUCUUAACUGUGAUUGAAAAAUAUUCCUCGCACAAAAAAUUAUUACGAGUUUUUGCCUAUAUUCUGCGAUGGGUCUUAAAGGUGAGAGAUCGAUCCACCAAAUAUGAUCCAACACCAUCGGCACAAGAGUUGCAAUUAAGCUUCUUAAAAAUUGUUCAAAUAGUCCAAUUUGAUGAAUAUAGCCAAGAAAUUACCAAAUUGUCAAAAAAUCUUCCACUACCGUCGAGCUUGCAAAAGUUGAAUCCAUUUUUGCAUGAGUAUUCAGAAAAGUCCUUGUCGUUGAAAUUGUUACGAGUAGGCGGUCGUUUAUUAAAUGCGCCUAUCCCGUACGAUGCCAAAUUUCCUCUAUUAUUGAGUAAAAAUUCGCAGUUCGUGAAUUCGUAUAUACGGUUCCUACAUUUGCGCAACCACCAUGCAGGUGCGAAAGCAUUGGUUGCAAUUUUACGUGAAAAAAUUUGGUUCGUUGGACGCCGGGGAAUACCAGUGACGAUUCACUGCGACAACGCGACGAAUUUCGUAGGAGCCGAUCGGAAGCUCAAGGAACUGAAGGAAGCGUUUCUGAGUCAGAAGGAGGAGGUAACCCAAUACGCAGCGGACGAAGGGUUCAAGUUCACCUUUAUACCUCCCAGGGCUCCCCACUUCGGCGGGUUAUGGGAGGCCGCAGUGAAGUCGGCGAAGCACCUGCUCGUACGAGCCGUAGGCAACGCGAGUCUCACCGCCGAAGAAAUAGAAACGCUGCUCGUCGAGGUAGAGGCCGUGCUCAACUCGCGCCCAAUCGCUCCACUCAGCCAAGACCCGAACGACGGCGAGGCUCUAACUCCGGCGCACCUGUUGAUCGGUUGCCGGCUCAGGGCAAUGCCAGAGGAAACGGCACUCCCGGAACCCAGCACGCGCUACUCCGACAGAUGGCAGCAUGUCUGCUCAAUCAAGCGUCGGUUUUGGCAAACGUGGUCCAGGAGUUACCUCCUGAGCUUGCAGGAGCGCAACAAAUGGCAGCACCCACAGCCCAACGUAGAGGUAGGAGAGCUCGUCGUCGUUCACGAAGACAACGCCCCGCCCCAGCAAUGGAUCCUAGGCCGAGUGACAGGUACGAUCGCCGGCCAGGACGGAAAGGUGAGAGUGGCCGACGUACAAACCAGAACCGGAACAAUUAGGCUUCCGAUACACAAGCUUGCCGUGUUACCAUUAAACGACAGUUGAAGAAUGCAGAUUCGUUCAAGGU